AUGGAUGGUGGCUCUACUCCUGUACCAAAUGCUACUAUUACUCCUUCUAUAAAGGCCAGUAGCAUGAUAUAUAUCUGCGGAGGUUUGAACAAUGUCAUAGCGAAAACGAAAUUCGUCCCAAAGAUGCGAUUAGGUGUCGAGAGUGCGGUUAUAGAAUACUGUACAAAAAACGCUGUAGAAAAUGUGUUGAAAAUAACAGAGAGUAAUCGACUGGUUUAUUUUAGUAAUGGUUUAUGA